AUGGCCUUCAUGAGGAAGUUGAAAAGGGGCUACUUGAACAAUUCAAUUGCAUUGGUAUGCGUCAUUGUAUCUGCUUCAUGCCUGCUGGUUUUACUUGUUUCGAUGCUUAGACUACCAGAAAUAUCAUUAGAGAGGGGCAGAAUCCGUUCCCCAAGGUUGUUGAAAUUUGGGAAGAGACUAGAGGAGGAAGAGAGACUCGGGAAGCUCGCGGAGGUGGUGGUUGGGAUGUUACCAGACGAUCUUGCUUUCACUAUCUUCAUCCCGUCGGAGGAAGCUUUCGAACGUGAUGUGAAACUAUGGGCCAAUGACAGCCUGGUGGAACAGAAAGCAAAUGAUACGUUUGCUAUUCUCUCUCGUUUAUUGGCAUUCUCGACAGUUCCUCAGCUCUUGCCCUUUUUUGAAAUACCCUUGGAUAGGGAGAUCUCUCUGGAUUCUAUAUCUGGAUUCAGAUUAUAUGCUUUGAGGACUUCUGAUGGCACCCUUGUCGUUAACAACAUCCAAUCAGAAUGGGUUGAUCUCAGAAAAGGGAAGAUCAUCGUACAUGUAAUGAGCGGGGUGAUCAUGGAUGCUGAAUUCAAGCAAUCGUUUCGACCUGAUUAUGAUGAUGAAGAUUAA